UACACACGCUGCAUAUAGGAAUUAGGGUUUCGCUUGGGGUGCUCGCUUCUCUCCUACAAUGGCGGCUGCGACUCUCCGCUCCGUCCUCCGCCGCAAUAGCCUGCUGCCCUUGUUCGAAACCUGCCAUCUUCGAGAUCUCCUCUUCUUCUCCUCCUCUGUCGACCGUGCCGCCGCCGCCGUAGGCGGCACCAUGUCUCCAGAUCCCCCCUUCAUGGUGGAAUACCUCGUGAACUCCUGCGGGUUCUCCCCCUCCGAGGCAGCCAAGGUCUCUAAACCCCUUGCGCACCUCCGAUCCACCGAGAAACCCGACGCCGUCCUUAACUUCAUGAGAUCUCAGGGCUUCGGCGGCGCUGGUAUCAGGAAGGUGAUAUCUGCGGAUCCUAGAUACUUAUGCUACAACGUGGAGAAGAGACUCGCCCCGAAGUUUCAGUUCUUACGCGAUUUGGGCCUAUCGGAGUCGGAUAUCGUCGAUGUCAUCCUGAAGAACCAUGGCAUCCUCCUCUACAACGUUCACCGUUCCAUCGUCCCCAAAUUGGAGAUGUGGGAAAGUCUCUUGGGAUCGAGAGAGCUCGUUCUCAAGCAUCUCAAGAAGACCCGAUGGUUGUUCUACUCCAGCGUUGAGAAGACAUUGCAUCCUAACCUAAAGUUCUUGAGGGAUGAGUGCGGCAUUCCUGAAGAAAGGCUCUCUCUCGUCUUGAGAAGACACCCACAAUUAAUCUUACAGAAACCAGAGUCACUCCGAGCUUUGGUGGCGAGAGCCGAUGAGCUGGGGACGCCACGGCUAUCUCGGAUGUUCGUGUGGACACUUGAUGUUCUCCAAAUGCUAAGCAAAGAAACGUUCGAGGCCAAGGCCGAGCUCAUGAGGAGCUUCGGGUGGUCGGAGUUGGAGUUUUCUUCUGCAGUCAGGAAAGCACCCACCUUCGUAUGCAUCUCCCUCGAUAUGUUGCGCAGAAAAGUGGAAUUUUUUAUCAAUGUGGUCGGGUACACCCCUUCCUUCAUUGCCUCCCAUCCAAAUCUCUUGCUAUCAAGUCUGCAGAAGACGGUAAUUCCUCGGUUUCGUGUUUUGGAGAUGUUGAAUACGAAAGGCUUGUGGACUCGACGAGGCACGUUUUUGUCCUAUGUGAAAUUAUCAAAUACAAAAUUCAUGGAGAAGAUUGUUCUACCCUACAAAGAAAAGGUUCCUGAGCUUCUUGAUAUUUUGAGAGUCGCAGGUGAGUGUGAAGGGAAAUGAGCCCUUUUAUUUGGUAUCAGAGGAGGAUGAGAAGGGCUUAGCUGCUGGUCGAACUCACAUUUGAAUUUCUCAUCAGGAGCUAAGCAGUGAUUCGGCACCUUUUUCCUUGACAACAAGCUGUCUUACAUCAACCACCAGCCUUGGCUACUGAGUUGCAGUCCAGUGAAAGAAUUAUUCCUUUGGUGUCAUAUGGUAGUAAUGUUGUAAUUGGAAGGUUUAUGCAGUGCUCAACACAAAAUGUCUUCCAGUUUUACUCGUUAAGGUUCAUGGAAAAGUCUGUUCUUUGUUGCAAAGCAAAAGUCCCUGGCCUGUUUGAAAUCUCUGAUAGAUGAAGGUUGAAUGGACUUCAGAGAAUCAAAACUUGUGUAUGUUAUACUGAAAUGCCUUCAGCCUCAUUGGAAUUGUUGACGAAUUUUGUGUAGCUGUGCAUGAAUUGUGGAACUGAUAGAACUAACAAGUGCAUCAAGAAUAUUGGAAGGUAUGCGAAAACUGCUUUUCUAAUUACAUUCUUGUUCCUGCCAUGCUUGUUUGUAGUUCUAUAGAGUAUGCUAUGAAUCUUGUCUCUUGCAAGCAAUCAUUGGAAUUGGUUCUUGGAUUCUUGUUCAUAGUUUUUGUUUUAUUUUUGAGUGUGUUAGUUUAUUUAAUCUGUUGCGAGUUUGGUAUAACAAGGUUUCAAAAUCAUUUGGUUAUUAUCUCAAUUCUCAAUGGGCAUAUCGAGACCCAUAAUCGGCCUAAAUUGGGCUUUCGCAUUGUGUAGACUUGCUCAAUGUUUUCUUACUUUUGUUCGUAAGGCCCAAUUGAACCCAUUACGGACCCGUAUGCAGCCCGUUUUUCGUGCGUACACUCAACCCUGUAUCUUACUUUCUUUAAAUGUUUGUUAUAGAUUGCUCCUCAGGCAAUCAGGUAAGUGUGAUUUCUGUGAAUUCUUCAUCAAGUCUGCUGCUUUUUCUUCUUCUUCCAAUUGUAAGUUAUGUAUCUGUUUUCAUUACACAACUGUGUAAGCAUAAUAUAGAUUGGAAGUUAAAUAUAUCUUGCAAUGAUUGUAAGAAUUCUUUAAUGUCAUGGAGAGUAUUCAAGCUGAAGUUUUUGUGGAAUCGUUUAACUAUUGGUUGUUAUUAGCAAUAAGUAAGAAGGACAUUGCAAUAGCAUUCUUAGCUUAAGUUUUGAUCUGCUAAUUACCUUACUUUUCAUGAAAGCAUGAUUGUGCCCUGUGAGAUUUUUAAUCAAAAGCUAAAUGUUCCUCUCCCUUAGAUUGGUAAUUUUGAGGUGUUACUGUUAUGUGUA